AUGAAGAGGGGGAGGGGCCUGAGGAGCAGGGCGGGGCGAUCCGCGCAGCAGCAGCAGCUUCAUCCCGCGGACCGACACCGACCUCCGCCUCCAGGCCGCGGCUCCGAGGAGAACCGGGAGGGAGACGGUGAUGAAGAGGAGCAGCUGAGCGCGAGCAGCGCUGCAGCAGAGGAGGCGCCAUUGUUUGGAUGCGCAGCAGCCGGAGAGACCGGGAUCACCAUGCCCCCCCCCCCGCUGCUGCUCGCGCUCUGGAUGCUCUGCACCCGGGGCGCGGGGGCGUUUCAGGCGUCCCUGGAUGAAGACGGGCUGGUGGUGGCGAGGCUCGAGCGCUCCGACCUGCGGCCCGGCGUCUCGGCGUACGCCGCCCAGCUGUCCGGGGAGCCUCGGCUGAUCCUGGUUCCGUUUCAGAACACCAGCGAGCCGCUUCUGUUCAACACGUCGCUGCACGGGCUCUGCUACAUGGUGGGGCUCCGGCUGAAACGGGGCCAGACCUGGUCCAGACCCGUCAGGACCGUCCCGGUGCUCACAAAGCCACUUCCUGUCCGCUGGGUCCAGGUCUCCGACUACCGGGAGUCUCCAGAGACCGGCGUGGUGUUUCAGAUGGAGCCUCCAGCAGGAACCGUCUUCAGCCGCGUGAACAUCAGCUUCAGCGAAGCAGCCGAGCGCCGCUCCAUGCUCUACAAAGAUUUCUACAAAGGGAAGACGGUGUUCAAACACUGGUUACCUGGCGUGUGUUACCGGAACAUCACCUUCAGGCUGGUGUCUGAGGUCACCGUGUACCGGAAGGCCCUGGUGACCCUCAGUGACAUCACACACUCACCUGUACACCACCGAACAGUGCCCUACCCCCCCCUCAACAUGUUCCAUAAGAUCGUCCUCCUGAGCCAGAGGACGCUGUCAGGUGACCCAGACGUGGCUCCUCCUGAGGGGCCCGAGGAGAACCAGCGCGCCUCCCAUCAAGCCCGUGACCUCCUAGAGGAGCAGCAGGAGGAGGAGCAGCAGGAGGAGCAGCCCUCUGAGGGGGCUUCCAGGCGUGUUCCCUUCAGCCCAACACGGAGUCUGACAGGCACCAACCAGACUCUGAGCUCCUGGCUGGACCCCACCACGCCGCCUCCUGCCGAGGAGGAGGAGGAGUUUGUGAACGGCGUGGUGGACUACGAGGACUCCAACGAGCCCGGUUCAGCCAUGGGGGUCCCCUCCCAGGCCUCCGGCCUGACCCCCAUGACCCCCAUGCUGCUGGAGCUGCGCUGGCAGCCCCCGAGACCCCCGACCAGCUACGAAGGCUUCAACGUCUACAUCUCCAGAGAAGGUAACUCCUCCCUCAACGCCACCGUGGAUGAAAACACUCACGAUUUCUUCUCCGAGCUGACGGAGUCGGGGACGUACCGCGUCCGGGUCGCCACGCUCAGCGCCACCGGGGACUGUGAGGCCCGGGAGAGCGGCGGCAGCACCGGCUUCAGCUUCUACCUCAGUCCAGCCGGGGAGGUUCUGGAGGAUCUCCGGCAGCGCCCCCAGGCCGUCGGCGUGCGGCUGCUGGGCUCCAGCACCGCGCUGGUCUCCUGGGCUCCGUCCUCAGAGACCCACAGCGGCAGCCUGGUGUCGGUGGUCUCCACCACCUGCCUCCGCCCGGCUCCCAGCCAGAGGAUGGAGAGCACGUACUGCAGCGAGGAAAACUCCACCAGUGACAUCAUCAGUCACCUGACCCCCGGGGCCCAGUACCGGGUGGUGGUCCGGCACACCAACGGGCCGCUGACCAGUCCGCCGUCAGAACCCGUCAUCAUCGACAUCCAGCCCUCCGGGGUGCUCCAGCUCUCCGUCUUCCCCCUCAGCCCCACGGCGGCGGUCCUCAGCUGGCAGCGGCCGUUCCUCGUGACCUUCAGGAAGUUCGUCCUGCAGAUGUUCUUCUUCAACCCGGUGACCUUGAGCUCCGAGUGGACGACCUACUACGAGAUCUCAGGCAGCGCCUCCGUCAUCCAGUAA